GGGAAUCGACGAUCGAGCGCCUCGGCUUGAUGACCCCGCCAGAAUUCCUUCGGAGAGCGGUCGAGCGGGAAGAAUGUCGGCGUAGAAAUAGGAGCAGACGGUGCGAGAAUGUUGAAGAUGCGAUAGAAAUAAAAGAAAGUAACGAGAGGUCGAGAACGAGGCACCAUGUGCCCGAGCGUGCGGGCCUGGUGGCGGAGAGGGGCGCUUCUCGGGAUGAUGAUGCUGUUAACGUGGAGCUCGACGGUGGAGAGCUGUCCUUCUCUGUGCACGUGCAAAUGGAAAAGCGGAAAAGAAUGGGUGGAGUGCGCGAACCGUAACCUAAAAGGGCUCCCGCAGGGCGCCCGAGAGGAGACGCAGGUGUUGGAUCUGUCCGACAAUCAUCUGGUCAGUCUACCGACGGAGUGCUUCCACGCCCUCGGCUUGAUAAAUCUGCAGCGACUCUAUCUAGCCAGAUCGCACAUCAGCCACAUAGCGUCGAGGGCGUUCGUUGGUUUGAUGGGUUUGGUGGAGCUCGAUCUAUCGGAGAACCUGAUCGAGGAGGUGCCGACCGAGACCUUCCCGUUCUACACGAAUCUGAUGAAGUUGCUGCUGAACGGAAAUCCCAUACGGGAGAUCCGCCGCGGGGCGUUUCAGCAUCUGCCACACCUGACGAAUCUGGAAAUGAGCCAGUGCCGACUGGAGAUCAUAGAGCGUUCCGCGUUCGACGGUCUCCACCAGCUCGAGUGGCUUCGAUUGGAUGGGAAUCGGUUGACUCGCGUGCCCGAGCUGACGCUGCCACUCGGCGGCAACCUUCGAGGUCUCACUUUGCACAACAAUCCCUGGAUAUGCGAUUGCCGUUUGCGCGCCACCCAGACCUGGCUCAACGAGUCAGCGCCAGCGGCCCCGCAGGAGUCCGAGCCCGUCUGCGACGCUCCCCCGAGACUCCACGGGAAACAGAUCAAGACCGUCAAACCGAACGAGCUGGCCUGCCUGCCGCGAAUCGACCUACAGGAACGACUCGAGGCCUACGAAGGGGACAACGUCACCCUCAGAUGCGACGUCUACGCCGUCCCGGCCGCUAAGCUCACUUGGUGGUUCAACGGGGAGCCUUGCGAGCCGCGCAACGAGAACAAUUCGCUAUUGAAUCCUUCUACCAGCUUCCCACGAUACAUCUAUAGAGAACGAGGCGACACCAAUAUGAGCAGCACCCUUUUGAUCUACUCCGUGGAAUCGUUGAACGACGGCACGUACACCUGCAUAGCGGAAAACGGAGCAGGCACGGCAAAGUCGAAUCUAUCUUUGCGAGUGCUUGUCCAAGAGAAGGUAACUUCGGAGCCGCCGAGCGAUCGUUCCAGAUCGGGAUACAUCGUGGCCGUGGCAACGGGAGCUUUGGUAGUGACGCUGUUCGCACUCGGUUCCCUGAUAGGCAGCAUCGUGUUCUGCGUACGAAAACGUCGUCGCGACCGGAAGAGAAACUCGAAGGCUCUGGUCUCGCAGAACAAGUCCGUGAUGCCGAUUACCAAGGACACGGUGACCAGCCUGCAGUGCAGGAAAGGGAACGGGAGCCUGAUAGGGCUGGAGCACCAGCAGAUAGUCUCGUAUACCGAGAGAGAGAUGAGCAGAGCGGCGACUCUCGAGCGAAGAGAACAUAGAAGCGUGGACGAGCCUUACCGCAGCCCUGUCUCCAAGUACUUGACGGAGCCGGAUUUGAUAAACGAGGUCCCCGAGACUACCGACGUGGGCUACGGUCAGCUGUACCGUCAUCAGCCGGGAGACAGACAAAUCCUCGAGUACGACUCGGGGUACCCGCUACAGCCCGACCUUCGUCCAUCGAACAUACCGCAGCUGAGCUAUCUCGAUCAAGAUGGCUACCCUUUGAACUUUGGUCUGCCCAAACUACCGUUCAGUGCCGCGAGCACUCUGCCGCGCUUGAGACAGAGAAUGGCCGAGGGUUCCGCGGUGGCGCCGCCCGCCCGUUAUUCCAGAGAGGCGGAGUUUCUCGCCAGAUCGCCCGGAUACGACCCGGUGUUGCCGAGGACCGACGCCAGAUACACCGCCGAGGGAUAUCCUUAUCCCACUCAACAGCAACCGCAGAUUCAGCCAGUCGAGCAACCGAUUCAACAACAAUUGCCCGUUUCCCCGGUCUCUCCGGUGCCCGUGUACCCCGAGGUGCCGUUUAUUCCUUCGCCGCCAGCCGCGUACAGAGGCGAAACGACGCCUCUCUCCCCCAGAUCGUUGCUCGGUAAAACGGCACGCGAAGCUGCCGCCGCCGCCGCGGCCAGAGCGGAAGAGCUCCAGCCCCCGCACCAUCCGGAAAGUCCCGACGAGGGAUACGUCGGCGACGCGAUGGACGUUUAAAUCGCGUUACGUCGUCCGACGAGUUUUCAUCGAUCGAUACGCGCGUGCGACGAGAUGCAACCGAGUACUUUGUUCCGAUAACGAUUCGCGAACAACUAAAAUCGACUUUGUGAAUCGCGUCGAGCGUAUCCGUUUUCGCCGAUCCUGUUUCAGGUAGCGAGUCGAUUCCGAAAUACCUUUUCUUCGGGAAGGGAACGAAAAACUUGUUGUCGUUGAUCGGUCGAAACGAGGGGCUCCGUCAGUGUCGGUGAUUCGGACAAAUUAAUUCGAGGAAAACAAGUUCCGAGACGUGAUUGGCGGGACAAGAACCUCGGGACAGAUGGAGAACGACGUCGUCGUCGUCGUCGUCGUCGUCGUCGUCGUCGUGAUCCGACCGAAUGGAUAUCAGACGUCGGUCGUACGACCAAAGUGCCCGUUGAGCAGGAACAAAAGGAGCCGACCUAGUAGUCGGGAGACGUAAUGGAUUAAUCAGGUGCCAGGCUUCCCGGAAGUCCCGAACCGCGUGUCUACGGAUAAUAAUUUCUUGUCAGAGUCAGGCCAGCGUAUUCGAAGGACCGACAGUGCCGCCACUAAUCAAAUCACAGCCCCUCUUCGGAAGGGGAACGAGAAACGACGCGUUUUCCAUCCUCUCGUCGUUUCGAUCGAGAUCGUUGAAUCCUCUCUACUCGGAGAAUUCUGUAGGAAAUCUAGAUUUACUUAUUCGACCAGUGUACAAGCGAAAUUCGGCGAACUCGGAGGGAAUCGGCGAUCGUGGCAAUUUGUAAACGCGAGGAAGCUACCGAGUACCGAGUAACCGCACGGCGGGAUUCAGAAAUCCCCGCGAAUUUCGCGAACAACGUGGAACAGCAAUUGUUUGACGCCCGCGAGUCCGAAACGAAUAUCCGGAUCGGGAGCGUCAAAAAAUCCAGGACUUCGUGACUGGAAGACAAUUUUCGAGAAGCUUCCGGUUGUUCUCUCUCUCUCUCUCACACACACACACACACACACACACACACAUUUUCUUCACAGGUUAGACGCUCUAACGCUCGAGAUGAAAUCUUCCGAAACGAGGAAUUCGCAGGAAGAGAGAAACUUCGAAAAAUGUCUAGAGAGUUGUAGUCGUUUCGAGCCACCGAAAUCGAAACGAAAAUUCAUCCGCGACACGGAGGACAGAAAUCGAUACCUUUGCGCUCGUAAUCGCGUCUCGGGUCGAUUAGGAAUUUACGCGUAAGAUUUGAAGUACGCGUAAGAUUUGAAGUACGCGUAAGA